GUUGACUAUUGCGAGUAAUAUUCCAGAACUCAAAGUGACUCCUCGGCAUAGUUCAGCUGGCAGUUGGUAGCUGCUCGGGCCAGCAGUUCCUGCAAGAAUAUCGUGAAAUUGGUAAUCGCUCAGAAUCCGUUAAUCGUUUCAAGAAUGAGGCGGUGCUUCCUAGUGGCUCUCUGUUGCUUGUCGCUGGCGUGGGAUGCUGAGUCGCGAGUGUUGAGCGUCUGCGAUGCAGUGCGGGAAUUACAGUCGGCGAGAAUUUCACGAAGUCUGAUCAGCAACUGGGUCUGCCUGAUGCAAAGCGAGAGCAAUUUGAACACGGAGCUGGUUACUGGACCGAAGACAGCAUCCAGCUACAGUUAUGGGAUCUUCCAAAUCAACAGUUCGCGAUGGUGCGCGAGGGGCAGGAGGGGAGGAGCCUGCAACCUGAAGUGCGAGGAUCUUCUGAACGACGACAUUCAGGAUGACAUUGGCUGCGCCAAGAAGAUUUUCAACACGGAAGGAUUCAAAGCCUGGCCGGGAUGGAUGAGACAGUGCAAGAUGAAACCGCUGCCGAGUAUCGCUAAUUGCCGCGUGUGAUGACGCAACUACCGCCUAGCCUGCCCCCUCAAAGCUGUAACGACCAAAGAAUCUCUAUUAAAUAUUAAUUCAGAAUGUUUUGCCAAUAAAUGUUGAGCCUACGAAUCGUUCCAUGGAUACACGUGCAAUAAAUUCGAAGUACUCCCCGGUGUUGACGUUGCCAUUAUUAGUCUGAGUCUUAUCACUAAUUAAACGGAGUCUGAUUAGCAACUA